AUGGAGGAGGAGGAGCAGCAGCGCGCAGGGGGCGGCUGGGCCGAGUGGGGGCCCGGCUCGGCGGGGUCCCCGCCGUGGGUUCCCCCCCCGCCGCCCGACGGGGACGAGGAGCCCAAGCGCGGCCGCGGCGCGGACUGGGGGGGCCCGGAGCCCUCCGGGGACGCGGGGCCCUCCCGGCCGGCGGCAGCGCCCCCCAAAGCGGCGGGGGACGAGAAGGCUUCGAACGCCCCGCGCCCCCCACGGGCCGGGGGCGAGCCGCGGGGUAAGGGCGGCGGAGGACCCGGGAAAGGCCCCGGGGGGCGCCCGCCGGGCGAGGAGCGGAGCCCCCGCAAAGGCGCGGAGGAACGCGGGGCCCGCGGCGGGGAGCGGCCCGGCCCCGAGGACAGCAAGGCCCGGCGGCCCCUCGGGGGUCCCCGCGGGGAGUGGGGGUCGCCGUGGCUGGCGGGAGAAGCGGAGCCCCCCGAGGACUUUUUGCCCCCCCCGGAAUGUCCCGUCUUCGAGCCCAGCUGGGCCGAGUUCAGCGACCCCCUGGGGUACAUCGCCAAGAUCCGCCCGGUCGCCGAGAAAAGCGGAAUCUGCAAAAUACGACCCCCGGCCGACUGGCAGCCCCCCUUUGCUGUCGAGGUCGACAACUUCAGGUUCACCCCCCGCAUCCAGCGGCUCAACGAGCUGGAGGCGCAGACCCGGGUGAAGCUGAAUUACCUGGACCAGAUCGCCAAAUUUUGGGAAAUCCAGGGUUCCUCCCUCAAAAUUCCCAACGUGGAGCGGCGCAUCCUCGACCUCUACAGCCUCAGCAAGGUGGUGAUGGAGGAGGGUGGCUACGAGGCCAUCUGCAAGGACCGGCGGUGGGCGCGGGUGGCGCAGCGCCUCUCGUACCCGUCGGGCAAGAACAUCGGCUCGCUGCUGCGGGCGCACUACGAGCGCAUCAUCUACCCCUACGAGAUGUACCAGUCCGGGGCCAACCUGGUGCAGUGCCACGCGCGGCCCUUUGAGAGCGAGGAGAAGGACCGGGAGUACAAACCCCACAGCAUCCCCCUGCGCCAGUCCGUGCAGCCCUCCAAGUUCAACAGCUACGGCCGGCGCGCCAAGCGCCUGCAGCAGGAGCCCGAGCCCACGGAGGAGGACAUCGAGAAGAACCCCGAGCUGAAGAAGCUGCAGAUUUACGGGGCCGGGCCCAAAAUGUUGGGGUUGGGGCUGGUGGCCAAGGAUAAAACCCUGAGGAAAAAAGACAAGGACACCCCCGAGUGUCCCCCCACGGUGGUGGUGAAGGAGGAGCCGGCGGGGGAGCCCCGGGGGUCGCCGGCGCUGCCGGGGCCGCGGGACGAGCUGCGCCACAGCCCCGAGCCCUGCACCAAGAUGACCAUGAGGCUGCGCCGCAGCCACAGCAACAGCCAGUUCGUGGAUUCCUAUGUCUGCCGGAUCUGCUCGCGGGGGGACGAGGACGACAAGCUGCUGCUGUGCGACGGCUGCGACGACAACUACCACAUCUUCUGCCUGCUGCCCCCCCUGCCCGAGAUCCCCAAGGGCAUCUGGCGCUGCCCCAAAUGCGUCAUGGCGGAGUGCAAGCGGCCCCCGGAGGCGUUUGGCUUCGAGCAGGCCACGCGCGAGUACACGCUGCAGAGCUUCGGCGAGAUGGCCGACGCCUUCAAGGCCGACUACUUCAACAUGCCCGUCCAUAUGGUGCCCACGGAGCUGGUGGAGAAGGAGUUCUGGCGCCUGGUGAACAGCAUCGAGGAGGACGUGACCGUGGAGUACGGCGCCGACAUCCACUCCAAGGAGUUCGGCUCCGGCUUCCCCGUGCGCGACGGCAAACGGCGCCUGUCCCCCGAGGAGGAGGAGUAUGCGGGCAGCGGCUGGAACCUGAACGUGAUGCCGGUGCUGCAGCAGUCGGUGCUGUGCCACAUCAACGCUGACAUCUCGGGCAUGAAGGUGCCCUGGCUCUACGUGGGCAUGGUGUUCUCAGCCUUCUGCUGGCACAUCGAGGACCACUGGAGCUACUCCAUCAACUACCUCCACUGGGGCGAGCCCAAGACGUGGUAUGGGGUCCCGUCGUUCGCGGCCGAGCACCUGGAGGAGGUGAUGAAGAAGUUGACGCCGGAGCUGUUCGAGAGCCAGCCCGACCUCCUGCACCAGCUCGUCACCCUCAUGAACCCCAACACCCUGAUGGCCCACGGAGUACCCGUGGUCAGGACCAACCAAUGCGCCGGCGAGUUCGUCAUCACCUUCCCCCGCGCCUACCACAGCGGCUUCAACCAGGGCUACAACUUCGCCGAGGCUGUCAACUUCUGCACGGCCGACUGGCUCCCCGCGGGCAGGCAGUGCAUCGAGCACUACCGCCGCCUGCGCCGUUACUGCGUCUUCUCGCACGAGGAGCUGAUCUGUAAGAUGGCCGCGAGCCCCGAGAAGUUGGACCUGAACCUGGCGGCCGCUGUGCACAAGGAGAUGUUUGUGCUGGUGCAGGAGGAGCGCAAGCUGCGCAAGGCCCUGCUGGAGAAGGGCAUCACGGAGGCGGAGCGCGAGGCCUUCGAGCUGCUGCCCGACGACGAGCGGCAGUGUGACAAGUGCAAGACCACUUGUUUCCUGUCAGCCCUGGCCUGCUACGACUGUCCCCAGGGCCUCGUCUGCCUCUACCACAUGGACGACCUCUGCAAGUGCCCCCGCAGCAAGCAGUACCUCAGGUACCGCUACACCCUGGACGAGCUGCCGGCCAUGCUGCACAAGCUCAAGGUGCGCGCCGAGUCCUUCGACACCUGGGCCAACAAGGUGCGCAUCGCCCUGGAGGUGGAGGACGGCCGCAAGCGCACGCUGGAGGAGCUGCGGGCGCUGGAGUCGGAGGCGAGGGAGCGCAAGUUCCCCGAGAACGAGCUGCUGCACCGCCUCAAGGGCUGCCUGGGCCAGGCCGAGCGCUGCGUGUCCGAGGCCCUGGGGCUCAUCAGCUCCCAGGAGACCGGGGUCCCCACGCCGGCGCUGACGGUGGAGGAGCUGCGGGCGUUCCUGGAGCAGAUGAACCAACUGCCCUGCGUGAUGCACCAGAUCGGGGACGUGCAGGCGCUGCUCCAGCGAGCACAGGCAUUCCAGGCGGAGGCUCGGGCAGCACUGGGGACACCACAGGGUGUCUUAGGCCUGUCACCCCCUGUCCCAGCAGUGUCACCUCCCCGUGUCCCCGCACAGGCGCUGCUCCAGCGAGCACAGGCAUUCCAGGCAGAGGCUCGGGCAGCACUUACCGAGCCCGGCCCGGGCCCGGGGGCUCUGCGGGAGCUGCUGGAGCGGGGGUCCCGCCUGGGCGUGGAGGUGCCCGAGGGCCGGCGGCUGGAGCGGCAGCUGGCCCAGGCGGCCUGGCUGGAGGAGGUGACGGCCACGCUGCGCUCGCCCCGGGCCCGCGUCCCCCUGCCCGCCAUGCGCGGCCUCAUCCAGGCCGGCCGCACCGUGGCCCCCAGCCCCGCCGUGGACGUGGCCAUGGCCGAGCUGCAGGAGCUGCUGACCAUCGCCCAGCGCUGGGAGGAGAAGGCCCAGAUGUGCCUGGAGGCCAGGCAGAAGCACCCCCCGGCCACGCUGGCUGCCAUCAUCCAGGAGGCCGAGAACAUCCCGGCGCUGCUGCCCAACAUCCAGACCCUGAAGGAGGCCCUGGGCAAGGCUCGUGCCUGGAUCGCUGACGUCGAGGAGAUCCAGAACGGUGACCACUACCCGUGCCUGGACGACCUGGAGGGGCUGGUGGCCGUGGGCCGGGACCUGCCGGUGCGGCUGGAGGAGCUGCGGCAGCUCGAGGUGCAGGUGGGCACCGCGCACUCCUGGCGGGACAAGGCCUCCCGCACCUUCCUCAAGAAGAACUCCUGCUACACCCUGCUCGAGGUGCUGUGUCCCUGCGCCGACGCCGGCUCGGACAGCAGCAAGAGGCUCAAGUGGCGGCAGGAGCCGGGGCUGUACCGGCUGGACGCCGAGAGUUUGGGGCUGUCGGCGCAGGACCUGCGGGACCCCGGUGCUGUGAUCGUGGCGUUCAAGGAGGGCGAGCAGAAGGAGAAGGAGGGCAUGCUGCGCCUCCGCCACGCCAACGCCCAGAAAUCCGCGCCGCCCGUGCCAGGCCCGGGGCCGCCGUCCUGCGUGUGCGGGCAGCCCGCGGGGCCGGGCAUGCUGCAGUGCCAGCUCUGCCGGGACUGGUUCCAUGGCUCCUGCGUGGCCUGGCCCCGCCUGGGCAGCCAGAAACCAUCGCCGGCCUGGUGGGAGUGGGACGCCAAGUUCCUGUGCCCGCUGUGCCAACGCUCGCGGCGGCCGCGCCUCGAGACCAUCCUGGCGCUGCUGGUGGCCCUGCAGAAGCUGCCGGUGCGGCUGCCUGAGGGCGAGGCCCUGCAGUGCCUGACGGAGCGGGCAAUCACCUGGCAGGACCGUGCCCGCCAGCUCCUGGCAUCGCCCGAGGUGGCCGGGCCCCUGGAGCGCCUGGCGGCCCUGCGGCACCGGCUGCACGGCGACGGCGACGGCGCCCUGCGCGAGGCCAGCCGCAACGAGCAGACCAAGGUGUCGGUGGAGAACGGGGACGCCCCCAGCCCGGAGAAGAACGGACCCCUGCCCUCGGAGCUGGAGGCGCUGAGCGCGGCGCUGCCGCGGCUGCAGGGCCCCGUGCUGGAGUUGGCCGAGGCCACGCGGCGGCCGCUGGAGGAGCUGAUGAUGGAGGGGGACCUGCUGGAGGUGACGCUGGAUGAGGCCCAGAGCAUCUGGCGGCUGCUGCAGGCCACGCGCCCGCCCCCGCUGGCCCUGUUCCGCCUGCUGCUGGAGCUGGAGCAGGCGGAGCGUCGGGGGGCUCGGGCCCGCGGCCGGGACCCCGAAAGGCGCCGGAAGCGCCGGGCGGAGCGGGGGCACCUCCCCUCCCUGGCCAAGGAGGAGCUGGAGCCAAAGAGGAGUCGGGGUCCCGAGGGGGGGGACCCCCGGGACAGCCCCACGCCCGGCCCCCAGACCCCCGGGGACUCGUGACGUGGAGCCCCCCCAGCUCGGACGGACGCGGCUGACACGGUGGGGAUGGACUUGGGGGUCCCCCCAAAACCUUGAGACCCCCCCCAAAACCUCCCCAAAUCGGGGUGGGGGGUCGGGGGGGGGGGUCUCCCCUUCCCCUCCCCUCCCCCCCCCCCCGUGAUGUAAUUAUUUGAGUUGUUUCUUUUGUAUCGUUCAGCCCCGGGGAGGGGGGGGUCCGGGGGUCCCCCCAAAAUGGGGAGGGGGGGCCCCAACCAGCACAGCAGGGCCAGCCCCCCUCCCCCACCCCUCCCGCAAUGGGUUUUUUAUAGGAUUUGGGGGUGGGAGUGGGGGUGGGGGCAGAUUUGGGGUCCCCCUGCCCCCCCCCCCCCGCUGACACUAACAAGUCUCAAGCUCUUUGUAGCGGGGCGGGGGGGCCUUAUUUUAUUGUAUUAUGAUUUUUUUUAUUAUUAUUAAACUUUGGAGGUUAAAA